AUGGAAAACACAAAUCCUAUUGAAUUUACAUUGCAAGCCAUGCAACAACAAUUUGCAAGGUUUGGAGCUGUUAUGGAAAAUGUAACAGAACGAUUGGAGAGGCUGGAAUUUCAAGCACCACCGAGGAAUGAGGAGGAAGGAGAGAGCGAAGGAGAAGAUGAUCGUACAUCAACACAUCGAAAUGAAAGGCGUGGAGGAGGUAGAAGAAGAAGACAUCAAAAUGAAGUUGAUGGUGACUUGGGAAGCAUCAAAUUGAAGAUCCCAACAUUCCAAGGAAGGAGUGAUCCUGAAGCCUAUUUGGAGUGGGAGAGAAAGGUGGAGCUCAUCUUUGAGUGUCACAACUACUCCGAGGAAAAGAAGGUUAGACUUGCUGUAAUUGAAUUCACUGAUUAUGCAAUAGUUUGGUGGGAUCAAUUGACAACAAAUAGAAGGCGCUAUCGAGAGAGACCAAUUUCCACGUGGGAGGAAAUGAAAAGCAUAAUGCGUAAGAGAUUUGUACCUUCUCAUUAUUUUCGUGAAUUGUAUCAAAAAUUACAAUCUAUGAAUCAAGGUACUAAAUCUGUUGAUGAGUACUACAAAGAGAUGGAGAUUGCCAUGAUUAGGGCAAAUGUUGAUGAGGAUAGAGAGGCAACCAUGGCUCGAUUCCUAUGCGGGCUGAAUAAGGAGAUUGCAAACAUCGUGGACCUACAACACUAUGUGGAGCUGGAGGAUAUGGUUCACAUGGCCAUGAAAGUGGAGAGGCAAUUGAAGAAGAAGGGAACCUUUCAAAGGAAUUUUCCAACAAGUUCUCAAUCUUCAAAGUCGAAGGAGUGGACUUCGUCUAAGUCAAAUUUUGGGGCAGCCUCUAAACCUCAAAAUGAUGUGUCCAAAUUCAAGUCCAACGAAGGCGAAAAGGGCAAAGGUAUCUCUAAUUCUACAUCUUCUACUAGAAAUAGAGAUAUCAAAUGUUUUCGAUGUCAAGGUGUUGGACAUAUUGCAUCUCAAUGUCCAAACAAAAGGGUGAUGGUCUUGAAGCCGAACGGAGAAAUUGAAUCUGAAAGUGAACAUGAUGAUGAUGAUAAUGAAGAUGUUGAACAAUUGGAGGAGAUUGUACCGGAACAUGGUGAGCUUUUGGUGGUUCGAAGGGCUCUAAACGUGCAAAUCAAACAGGAGGAAGAACAAAGGGAGAACAUCUUCCACACAAGAUGUUUAGUCCAAGGUAAAGUUUGCAUGUUAAUUAUUGAUGGUGGUAGUUGUACCAAUGUUGCAAGUGGCGAGAUGGUGGAGAAACUGAACUUAAAAACUGAACGGCAUCCUCAUCCAUAUAAGCUACAAUGGCUUAAUGAAUGUGGUGAAAUUCGUGUGACCAAACAAGUUCUAAUUUCAUUUUCUAUUGGCAAUUAUAAAGAUGAAGUUCUUUGUGAUGUGGUGCCAAUGCAUGCUAGUCACAUUCUUUUGGGGAGGCCAUGGCAGUUUGAUCGAAGGGUGACCUAUGAUGGAUUCCGCAAUCACUACACCUUCAAGCACAACAACAAAUCCAUCAUGCUUGUUUCUUUGACACCUCAACAAGUUCAAGAGGACCAGCAGAAAUUGUCUCAAGCAAGGAGAGCUCGUGAGGUUGAGGGCAAUAAAAGUGAGGUAGUAAAAAAAGAGUCGAGUGAAAAAAAAAGUCGAGAGAAAAGCAAGAGUGAGGGAAAAGAAAAACAGAAUUUUUAUGUGAGAACAAAAGAAAUAAAGAGUGCAAUAGUCGAAGAAAAGAGUGUGUUCAUUUUGGUGUACAAAGAGUCAUUCUUUAGCACUAACGAACUAACCCCAUCUUUGCCUAGUACUUUUGUGUCUCUUUUGCAGGAGUUUGAGGACGUCUUUCCCGAGGAAGAACCAAGUGGAUUACCUCCUUUAAGAGGUAUUGAGCAUCAAAUUGACUUUGCUCCCGGGGUUGUUCUACCAAACCGACCAGCUUAUCGAGCCAAUCCGGAAGAGACUAAAGAGAUCCAAAGGCAAGUCCAAGAGUUGUUGGAGAAAGGAAAGAUUCGUGAGAGCAUGAGUCCAUGUGCUGUACCGGUGAUUGUUGUGUCCAAGAAAGAUGGAUCGUGGAGAAUGUGCACGGAUUGUCGAGCAAUUAACAAGAUCACGGUAAAGUAUCGCUAUCCUAUUCCUAGGCUAGAUGAUAUGCUUGAUGAGUUAUAUGGGGCAAUUGUGUUUAGUAAAAUUGAUUUGAAAAGUGGUUAUCACCAAAUUCGAAUUCGAGAAGGAGAUGAAUGGAAAACUGCUUUCAAAACAAAGUAUGGUUUGUAUGAGUGGUUAGUCAUGCCUUUUGGAUUAACUAAUGCACCUAGUACUUUCAUGAGAUUGAUGCAUCAUGUUUUGAGAAAUUUCAUUGGAAAAUUUGUGGUUGUUUACUUUGAUGACAUCUUGAUCUAUAGCAAAAAUGUUGAAGAACAUCUUGAUCAUUUGCGUGCUGUUUUAGACAUUUUAAGAAAAGAAUCAUUGUAUGCUAAUCUUAAAAAGUGUUCUUUUUGCAUGGAUAAAGUUGUUUUUCUUGGUUUUGUUGUGAGUGCUAAUGGAAUUGAAAUGGAAAAAGAGAAAGUGAAAGCUAUCUUAGAAUGGCCAAUUCCUCAAAAUGUGGCACAAGUGAGAAGUUUUCAUGGUCUCGCUAGUUUCUAUAGAAGAUUUGUUAAGGAUUUUAGCACGAUUGCUGCACCUUUGAAUGAGAUAGUGAAAAAGGAUGUUGGUUUUCAUUGGGGGGAAAAACAAGAACAUGCUUUUAAUCUCCUUAAAGAAAAACUAACUUCUGCUCCUAUUCUUGCAUUACCUAACUUUGAUAGAAUGUUUGAGCUUGAAUGUGAUGCUUCUGGAGUAGGAGUCGGUGCUGUUUUGUUGCAGGAUGGAAAGCCAAUUGCUUAUUUUAGCGAAAAGUUGAAAGGAGCUCAAUUGAACUAUCCAACCUACGACAAAGAGUUAUAUGCUUUGGUAAGAGCUUUGGAAACAUGGCAGCAUUACUUGUGGCCAAGAGAGUUUGUAAUUCACACGGAUCAUGAAUCUCUCAAAUACCUCAAGGGUCAAGGUAAGCUUAGCAAGAGACAUGUUAAGUGGGUGGAAUUCAUUGAAUCGUUUCCAUAUGUGAUCAAGUACAAAAAAGGGAAGGAAAACAUUGUGGCUGAUGCGUUGUCUCGAAGGUAUGCUUUGAUCACUACUUUGAGUUCUAAGCUUCUUGGUUUUGAGUCAAUUAAGGAAUUGUAUGCCAAUGAUUCUGAUUUUGGUUCUAUAUAUUUAGCUUGUGAGCAUGCUGCAUUUGAUAAGUUCUAUAAGCAUGAGGGCUAUUUAUUUAGAGAAAAUAAAUUGUGCAUUCCUAAGUGUUCCAUGCGUGAAUUGCUUGUUCGUGAAGCUCAUGGGGGUGGGUUAAUGGGACAUUUUGGUGUUCAUAAGACUUUGGAAGUUUUGCAUGAACAUUUCUUUUGGCCUAAAAUGCGUGUUGAUGUUGAGAAAAUUUGUGGAAGAUGCAUAACUUGCAUGCAAGCUAAAUCAAAAUCACAUCCACAUGGUUUGUAUAAACCAUUACCUAUUCCUAGUGCACCUUGGGAGGAUAUUUCCAUGGACUUUGUUUUGGGUUUGCCUAGAACACGAAGGGGUAAGGAUUCAAUUUUUGUGGUUGUUGAUAGAUUUUCAAAAAUAGCACACUUCAUUCCAUGUCAUAAGAGUGAUGAUGCAACUCACAUUGCUGAUUUGUCUCCUUAUUUUGGUGAAUUAGAUUCGAGGACGAAUCCACUUGAAGAAGAAGGGAAUGAUGGAGACGCGUCCAAGCUGGCCAAGGACAAGAUGGAUCCUUUGAUUAUUCAAAGUGGGCCAAUCACAAGAGCUAGAGCCAAAAGAAUAAAGGAGUCCAUGAUGCUUUUAGUUGAACUUAUCAAGACACUUGAGCAAGGUCUUGUGGCGUUCAUCCAUACCGAGGUUCUUGGCUGA